UUGAUAUGAGAGGAGAAAUGAUGGGAGAAGGAGAGGAGGAUGAUGGGUUAAGGACUGUGGAUUGCUUGAGGGGGAGACUGCUUGCAGAGAGAGUGGCUUCCAAGGUUGCCAAGGCUGAGGUUGAUCUCAUGGCCAAAAAGCUGGCAGAGCUAGAAAAGCAACUGGAUGUAGAGAUCAAGAGCAGGAACAGAGCUGAGAAAAGGCUCGAGUUUGCAUUGAAGAAGCUGGAAUCCCUGAAGCUCCGGGAUGUUCCAAGCCAACUGAGUCUUUCUGAAAGUUCCGCCAGCUCAUCACCUGCACGCUUCUUGGGUUUCCGGAGAUCCAAAGGAUCGAAGCCCGAUGACCGGCCACUGGAUGCUGGACAAUGUAACACAAGGGGAGAGGUAGAGACAGCGCAGGGGCUUUCGGGCUCAGAGGAUCUUGGUGGAGAUGUUUGUUCUGGCAAUUCAUCGGCUGAUUUCCACCUUCAGCUGGUUUCACAAGAAGGGAGCUGGAUUUCGGUUGGCACCAUGCAUUCUGAUAGCAAGGGAGGAACUCAUCACCAAGAGAAUGGCAAAUCAUCUGGCAACCUUCACCUCCAUGAGUUAAUUAUGGUUGAUGUGAGCAGUGAAGAACGCCAUGGUGCAGUGACUCAGACUGAAUCUGUGGAGAAUUCACUAGCUUUGGUUCCUGUAAGCAUGUGGCCCAGUUCAAGAGACAGCAAAAUGUCGGUCGGCAAUGACGUGGAGAAAGUUCUUGCUUCCCUCAGACAUGUCAAGGAGCAAUUGCAGAACUCAAUCAGGAGAAUACCUGCUGAUAGCCUCCCCAUGGAGUUGUAUGGUUAGUGAACCACAUGCCCAUGGGAUACUUUGCAAUGCCGCAGGUGCCAGUAGACAUGUAGAGAGUGAUGGAACAACCAUAUUAGCGGUUCCAGAAAAGGCUUUGUUUUGUUCGGUGUGCUCUAUUUGUUGAUGUAAUAAUUAAACAAUAUAAUUUAUCAUCCAACUUCUCAUGUAAAUUUCUCAGUAUGCGGCUCAUAUAAUUUUCUUAAGCUUCAUAAUGUGAACUAGUUCCUGUGUCCUCAAAUGGAAAAUUUUUCGGUGUGGCAUUGGAUUGCUGCACCCAA